AAGAAAAACAGAAUGUCCCAGCCCAUCCUGAAAGCGGUGGUUGAAGAUAAAGAGAAGUUUUCGAGCCUGGGUAGGAUAAAGAAGAUGCUGAAAGGACAAGGGACAUUCGAUGGCGAAGAAAAUGCUGUAUUAUAUCAGAACUAUAAAGAAAAAGCUCUGGACAUAGACUCUGAUGAAGAGUCUGAGCCCCAGGAGCAGAAAGCAGAUGACAAGGUGGUUUUUCACUACAAGCCCCUAAGAUCGACAUGGAGUCAACUGUCCGUGGUAAAGAAGAAUGGAUUAUCAGAAGCAAUCAGCCAGGAAGAAAGGAAAAGACAGGAGGCCAUAUUUGAAGUGAUCUCUUCUGAGCAUUCUUAUUUGCUGAGCUUGGAGAUUCUGAUCCGGAUGUUUAAAAAUUCCAGGGAGCUGAGCCUCACAAUGACCAAAACAGAGAGCCACCACCUCUUCUCCAACAUCACUGAUGUUUAUGAAGCAAGCAAAAAGUUCUUUGAAGAACUGGAAGCAAGACACCAGAACAACAUCUUCAUCAACGACAUCAGUGACAUAGUGGAGAAACAUGCUGCUUCCUCCUUCGACCCUUACGUCAAGUACUGCAGCAACGAGGUCUAUCAGCAGCGCACGCUGCAGAGACUGCUAGCCACAAACCCAGCAUUUAAGGAGGUGCUGUCCCGGAUCGAGUCCCAUGAGGAUUGCCGGAAUUUGCCGAUGAUCUCCUUCCUCAUCCUUCCCAUGCAGAGAGUCACUCGUCUCCCCUUGCUCAUGGAUACUAUUUGUCAGAAAACCCCCAAGGAUUCAGCAAAAUACGAGAACUGCAAGCAGGCUCUGAAGGAGGUCAGCAAGCUGGUGCGACUGUGCAACGAGGGCGCCCGGAAGAUGGAAAGGACAGAAAUGAUGUACACCAUCAACUCCCAGCUGGAAUUCAAAAUCAAGCCAUUUCCACUGGUCUCCUCCUCCCGGUGGCUGGUGAAAAGGGGCGAGUUAACAGCCUAUGUGGAAGACACUGGACUCUUUUCCAAAAGAACCUCUAAGCAGCAAGUGUACUUCUUCCUCUUCAACGAUGUCCUCAUCAUCACCAAGAAGAAGAGUGAGGAGAGUUACAACGUCACGGACUACUCCCUGCGGCAGCAGCUGGUGGUGCUGCAGUGUGAGGGGGAGGAUCCCUCCUCCUCCCCCGGGAAGAACAGCCCAGCAGUGCUCUCCUCACGCCAGAGCUCCGCAGCACAUCACCUCUUCAGGCUGCUGGUGCUCAGCAACCACGCGGGGGACAGGGUGCACAUGCUCCUGGGAGCAGAGACUCAGAGUGACAGAGCUCGGUGGAUCACAGCGCUGAGCCAGGACAGCGAUGGACACGGCACCAGCAGCACCACCCUGGCACAGGUGGAGAUCAUCAGGACAUACACAGCAAAGCAGACGGAUGAGCUCUCCCUCCAGGUGGCUGAUGUGGUUCUGGUUUACCACAAAGUCAGUGAUGGCUGGUGUGAGGGGCAGAGGCUGCGUGACGGCGCUCGGGGCUGGUUCCCUGCAGAGUGUGCCCGGGAGAUCACCUGUCGUGCCACCAUCGACCGCAACAUGGAGCGCAUGGGGCGCCUGCUGGGGCUGGAGACCAACGUGUAG